AUGAAGCCGCGAGCCCGUCCAGGCCGCGUCUCGGCGAAAUUGAUCUUUUCAUAUGUACUUGACUGGGUAGUCAUAAUACUCACCGCUGUAGUUGGCGCUGUUUUCUCCAUUAUCACGCCCAAUAAACGCCCAUUCUCGCUCGCCGAUCCAGACAUUAGCUUCCCAUAUGUCGUCAAGGAGAAGAUCUCAACGUCGACUCUGGUCCUCUGCGGGCUGGUGGCUCCGGGAGUCAUCAUCUUUAUAGUCUCGAUGAUAUUUGUCCCGGGUCCUGCUGUAUCAAAAUCAACACCGAAGUCUUUGAUAUGGCGACGAAAACUUUGGGAAUGGCAUCAAGGAUGGCUUGGACUUGGCCUCUCCCUAGCAUCAGCAUUUCUAAUCACCGACGGAAUGAAGAAUCUCUUCGGCAGACCCCGACCUGAUCUUCUAUCCCGCUGCAACCCGGAUCUAGCCAACGCGUCAAAGUACGCCAUAGGAGAAGUCGGGAACCUCGUCACCGCGGCUAUCUGCCAAAACACAGACAAAUCCAUCAUGAACGACGGCUUCCGAAGCUUCCCCUCGGGCCACUCCUCCUUCUCCUCGGCGGGCUUAAACUAUCUAAGUCUCUUCCUCGCCUCCAAACUCAGCCUCACCAUCCCCUACCUCCCCCACAGCCCCUCCAAUCCCAACACCCCCGCCUCCUCCCCAUCCCUCCUCCGCGCCCACUCCGCCUCUCCACCUCUCUACCUCCUAAUCCCAACCAUCAUCCCCUUCCUAUCCAGUAUCUACAUCGUCUCGACGCGCUUUUCCGAUUUCCGCCACCACGCCUUCGACAUUCUCUUCGGCUACUUCCUCGGCACCUCCUGCGCCCUCUUCGCCUUCCGCUACUACCAUCUGCCGCUCUCGCGCGGUGCCGGCUGGGCCUGGGGCCCUCGCAGCGCCGCCCGAGCUUUCUGGGCUGGCGUCGGCGUCGGCUCGUAUGUUGGGGAUGAACAUGCUACAGCGGGGGCGGAUCAGGAUGGAGGUGCGGAUUAUUUAUUGAGGGAAUUGACGACGAAUAACGAGGGAUCGGCGAAUCAUGGGUUUAUGACUAGCAGCGAUGUCGAAGCUGCUGCUGCUACUGCUUCUGCUUCUGCUUCUGCGAGGGGAAUAAUGCCUGGCUAUUGA